GGAGGGACAAGCGCCCCGCGGCUCCGCCCCGGCCUCCAUCCCCGGCUCCCCGGCCAUGGAGCGCCAAGUCCAGCGGCUGCGCCAGGCGUUCCGGUCGGGCCGGACGCGCCCCCUGCGCUUCCGCCGGCAGCAGCUGGAGGCCCUGCGGAGGAUGGUGCAGGAGCGCGAGGAGGACAUCCUGGGGGCCCUCGCCCGAGACCUGAGCAAGAGUGAAUUGAAUGCGUACAGUCAGGAAGUCAUCACGGUCCUGGGGGAGAUUGAUUUUGUGCUGGGGAACCUUGCUGAAUGGGUUUCCGCGAAACCGGUUAAGAAGAACCUGUUCACCCUGUUGGAUGAGGCCUAUAUUCAGCCUCAGCCUCUGGGACUUGUCCUGAUCAUCGGUGCUUGGAACUACCCCUUCGUCCUCACCAUGCAGCCUCUGGUGGGAGCCAUUGCUGCAGGAAAUGCUGUGAUUGUAAAGCCUUCAGAACUAAGUGAAAAUACGGCCAAUAUCUUGGCAAAGCUCCUCCCUCAGUAUUUAGACCAGGACCUGUAUGCGGUCAUUAAUGGUGGUGUUGAGGAGACCACGGAGCUUCUGAAGCAGCGAUUUGAUCACAUCCUGUAUACAGGAAACACUGCAGUUGGGAAAAUUGUUAUGGCAGCUGCUGCCAAGCACCUGACGCCUGUGACCCUUGAACUGGGAGGGAAAAGUCCAUGUUACAUUGAUAAAGACUGUGACCUAGAUGUUGUUUGCAGACGCAUAACCUGGGGAAAGUUCAUGAAUUGUGGCCAAACCUGCAUUGCUCCUGACUACAUCCUGUGUGAAGCCACCCUCCAGGAUCAAAUCGUGCAGAGGAUUAAGGACACUGUGAAGGAAUUUUAUGGGGAAAAUAUAAAAGAGUCUCCUGAUUAUGAAAGGAUCAUCAAUCUUCGUCAUUUUAAGAGAAUAAAAAGUUUGCUUGAAGGACAAAAAAUAGCUUUUGGUGGGGAGACCGAUGAGGCCACACGCUACAUAGCCCCAACUGUACUUACUAAUGUUGAUCCUGAAGCUAAGGUGAUGCAAGAAGAAAUUUUCGGACCAGUUCUUCCAAUAGUGCCAGUGAAAAAUGCAGAUGAAGCCAUACAUUUCAUAAAUGAACGUGAAAAACCCCUGGCCCUCUACAUAUUUUCUCAUAACAAUAAGCUCAUCAAGCAGAUGAUUGAGGAGACGUCCAGUGGCGGUGUCACGGGCAACGAUGUCAUCAUGCACUUUACUCUUAAUUCUUUGCCCUUUGGAGGUGUGGGUUCCAGUGGGAUGGGAGCUUAUCAUGGAAAACACACCUUUGAUACUUUCUCUCACCAACGUCCCUGUUUAUUAAAAAGUUUGAAGGGAGAAGGUGCCAACAAGUUGAGAUACCCUCCCAACAGCCAGUCCAAGGUGGACUGGGCAAAAUUUUUCCUGCUAAAACAAUUCAACAAAGGAAAACUGGGUUUCCUGUUGCUAAUGUGCGUGGCAGUGGCGGCAGCGGUGUUCGUAAAGAAAUAUCAAGUUGUGCUGAAGAGAAACACGCUGUUGGUUUGUCUGAUAGUUCAAAGACUGCGUUGGCCCAGUAAACAACGAUGAACAAAUUUCACAGCCCCGCGGUAUUGAAAAUGAGGUUGUGUACUACUGAAGACUGACCCUGCUCAACCUCCUGGUUGCCUCUGCUGAGUUAUUCUUCUACUAAAUGGUUAGCAAACCAGUAAAUUUUAAAUCCUGCCAAACCCAGAAAGUAUAUAAAUACUCUGUAAUCGCACCUAGAAAUCAUUGCCAUUUACCACUAAUGAAACCUGCUAUUUCAGCCAAAUUCUUGCAUUUCCCAGUAGUGAGGGUAUUCAGGGAACUUAGAUGGUGCUGGCAAGAAUGUGUCUGGCUAAACUCAGACUCCUCGGGGCUGUACAGGAGGCUCAGCCUGCUCCGUGACUUUGCCUCCAAUUCCGUCUGUGCCCCACUAACACUGCUGUUCUGGCAAAGUUUUCAGGGGUACACCACCACUCAGGGCUGCCAGAAAUCUUCUGUAUUCUGGAGUGGUGAGGCUACAUCCUUCCAGCUCCCUUUGAAAUUUGAGGCACUGAAACUGGGGGAUACACAUUUAUGUACCUCACCCACUGAUACGUGAGACCAUGACCUUUGGGAGUUGGCUCUCUGGUCGUACAUGCCAUCUGGCCCACGGUCUUUAUCUUUCUUGAUCCUUGUCCAAUACUGGCAUGUGGUGGUUUGUGACGGUGUGUUGUGGCUGGCCAGAGUGCUUUUUGUAACUACACAUACUAUACUGGAUCUUAACCAGAAGGCCAAGAAACGGCGAUUUUUGUGUCACCCACAGCAUCUUGUAAAUCCUAGGGCUCCCUAGAAGAUCACUGCCAGCUCUACACACACAUCGUCAGUCAUGCAUGUGAUGUUAGAGGGUCAUAAUUCUGCAUCUUAGAAAAACCUAAGUGGCAGUUUUAAAAUUCUCUAAUAGAUAGAGUUGUAAAAAUACUGACAGGUGCAGUGUGUGUGCCAACAGUGGCAGCCGUUGCAGAAGCUGAGGCCGGGGGAUUCCAUGGUCCCAGGACUUCCGAGCCCAGCCUGGGAAACAGUGAGCCGCCCUCCUCCCAAAAAAUUCCCCAUAACAUCCUAUGUUCCAAGUUAUAUAGAUUUAAUUUUUUUUCAUUUUAUUUUUAUUCAUUUGAGAGAGAGAAGGAGAGAGGCAUAUAGAGAGAAUGGGUGUUCAGCAGUAUGUGCAAGCAUAUGCUGAUGUGGGUUCUGGGGAAUCAAACCUGGGUUCUUUUGGCUUUACAGACAAGUGCCUUAACUGCUAAGCCAGCUCUCCAGCCCUAGUUUAGUUCAGUUUUGUUUUUUUAAGGUAGGGUCUCACUC